CUUAUUUCCUGAGGGACCACGUAAUUAGCCAUCGGUGCACUAGCAUGCACCUGAUCUGACUCUCUUGGAAGGAAAAUUAAAAAGAACCGUUGCGAACGAGAGAAUCGCCUGUAACGGAUAGUCCCCCACUUCUCUUAUUCAAAAUCAUCAGCCUUCUUCUUCCAGAAUAGCAUCACCAUUCACCAGUAAUCCUUCUUCUUCUUCGUUCAAUUCUCAAGAUCAAGAAAGAAUCUCUCUGUCGAUAUUCCUCGCUCUCCUUUUAUACUUAAUUCUUAAUCUUGGAUACGCAUCGAUCAGUACACUGCGUAUCGUUUAGUUACUCUGUGCUCAAUCAAAUCUUUGGCGGGUAUCGAUAACCGGAUCCGGGCUGGGAAAUGGAUUUAGGUUGCUUGGACAUGGGCUGCAUUGAAAAGAAGAGAAGCUACGCCGAUCAGACUCUGUCUCAUUCUGAGAGCUUCACCCCUACCGCCUCUGCAACGGCCACUUCCAAAGCUGGGAAGAAUAAGGCUAUGAAAGAUGGUCUCCGUUCAAGCUUGGUUUCUCUAAACAAAAAUGCAUCACAAAUUAGGAAGCCACCACAUCGGAAAACUUCUCCUCUAAGUUGGUUCCCUCGUCAAAAGGUGGACUCCUAUUUGAAGAGGAAAAUUAAGUUGCUGCAGGAAGUAGAUGGUAUGAAUUCAACUCUUGAUGAGACUUUGGGUGAUUCUAAUCCUCAUUAUUCAAGAGUUUUGAGAGAAAAAAUUGCAGUCAGGGAGGCUGCUCAGAAAGCAAUGGAGGCACGGAAGGCUGCUAUGGUUGAAGCAUCUUGGUGUCGAAUACUUAAAGCAGCCAGGAUUGAUAAUAAGCAAGCAGAAGAGCAGUUGAUGAAGGCAGAGAAAACUUCAGAUGAAGCUUUUAAAGCUGCCACAGCUAUUGGAGUGAUAUUAUAUGACAUUCCAGAUGCUUCACCCAAGCAUUACAAUAUAGAAACAUCAUCAGCUAAAGUAGGAGGAUCCACCAUGCACACUGUUAGAACAUCUUUCGAAACUGCAUUUGAGGUGGAUAAGCAAGUGGCGUCAGCAGUUAAAGCUGCCCUUAUCAAUCUUGCAAAUUGCCCUUCAAUAAACAAAGACGAAUUCAAAGAACUGCUGCGUAAGAUCAGUCAAAACCCUGAUACAGAUGAAAGCUAUCAUGAACCUUCAGAGAUUCAUUCAGAAUAUGAAUCCGAUACUGCAUCUGAGCUUGAGUAUGGUGGCACACAGAAUGACCACGAUUGUCAUGAAGACAUAAAUUUAGAGAUGGAGUUUGCAGGGGGAAGACAAAGGAAAUGUAAGAAGAAGCAGGUAUCUGACAAGUUUAAUAUGACAAACCUUGUACAGAUGAUGAUGGAAAGACUUCGGUGUUUGCAAGAAGAUGAACUUGCAUCUCUUGCCACUAUCGUUGCAACUUGUGGGUUAAAUGCUGCUCUUGCAGAAGCUGAAAACCAGAAACAUCAUAAAUUGGAAUCAGCAUCUGAUAAUAAAUCAGACCCGGGCCUUGAUUUUCAUGGAAGAUUACCUUCUUCCGGAACUGUACGUGCAAAGGAUUCAAGUGUGGAUGAGGCCCCACUUCCAAGCCUAGACAAGUUUCUGGUAAAGCGGUUGACAAGACUUGAAAGGGAGGUCCUAGAAGCCAAGAACGCAAAAAGGAAUGUAGAGAGUGAAGGACUUGAACAAAGGUCAGAUAAAUAUGAAGAUGAAAGACUUCCUUCACAUGAUUCUACAAAUUCAAGCCAAAAUAAUUUGGAUCUUGAAAGUUCUCUUCUGAAGCCUUCUUCAAAAUUUGAGAGGGAAAUUGAAGAGGCCAAAAAAUGUUCAGAGCCAUUAAUUGGAAGCAAGUCUAAAGCUUCAAACAGUAAUGCGAUUUCCUCUGACAUUCCUGACCUUGGAAGUGUAUUGGUAAAGCAUUCUUCAAAGCUUGAGAAAGAGAUCGAAAAAACAAGGAAGAAUGUAAAACCUUAUGAACCACAUGGUAGGGCAGUUGGCAAUAAAAAAAAAGAUGUUAUGGGUGAGCUUCCCAGUCUAGAUAAAUUUCUAGUGAAACAUGUGUCAAGACUUGAAAGAGAAGUGCAAGAGGCAAAAAAUAGAAAAAACGUCUCCAAUGGAGGGCAGUUCAUCAAUUUGAGUGGGACAACCUCUUCUGUAACUUCUACAACAGAUUCAGAAGACAAUUUAGUGCCAUCUGGUGGAGGUGCUGAAAGAAUUCCAUCAUGCUUUGAUGGAGACAACCAACUGGGGAAAGAAAACAUGAAUACAGGUGUAGAAGUAGAAGCAAGUUCUGUGACUGGAGAACAGCUAUCAAAGGUAAACACAUUGUCUCUUGGGGACAAAGAUGAUAAAAGUACAGUAUCAGAUAAUAGUCUGGACAAGAUUCUAGUGAAGCCAAUUCAUCGUCUGGAAAGGAUGAAAAUGCAAGAAUCGUCACUGGGUGUCCUCAGAUCUCAGAGAAAGCAUGGAGCAGAUGCUGCUGCAAAUUGUGAUGGGCUAGAUAAAAUAUUAGUGAAGCAUGUCUCAAGGCUGGAAAAGGAGAAAAUGGCUGCUGCUGCACAAGCAGCAGAGAAGGAAAAUCUGCCAAGUGUAAAUAAGGUCACUAGGAAGGAACUGGUGAACAAUGAAGGUAGUUUGGAUCAGGUUUUGGUCAGACACAAAUCUAGACUGGAGAAGGAAAAGAUAGCUGCUGCUCAGCAACCAGAUGACCAGAUUAGGCAUUCAGUUUCUCGUCGAGAAGCAAGGGAGAAAGAGUUGCAACAAGCAUGGGGAGGCUUGAGCCUUGGAAACUCCAUGCGCCCUCAUCUCUCCAGACUUGAGAGAGACAAGGCUGCUUGGCUUCAAGCCGAAGAAGAAGAAGAAAGGAGAAAAGUCUCAGAGGAGGAUAUGUGAAAUCAAGCAAUCAUUCAUCUGGAGUCUUUAAACAGCUUAUGCACAUAAGCCAGGGUUCUAGAGAAAACAGACUUGUUGGGAAUGGCUAUCAAAGGAUCCAAAAAACCUUAAUAAGCUCAUUGUAUAAUACUUUUCAGCUUUUUGUCAAUGGUGAUCUGCUACCAUCUUUUUUCACUUCCACCUCCUAUAAUAUUAUUAUUAUAAAGAUUUCAUGAAUCCCAGCAAAUCAGGCAAAAAACUCUUACGUCUCA